AUGACUCAUUCAAGCCAUUACCGUAACCUGUCACCCAGUGGUGGACGACAGCAUGUGGUCGGCCCACGAGCGUCCACCGGCACGGUUCAGCUUGGCUCUUCUACAGACCCUUAUGAUCCACCAAGGCAUUAUUACGAUCACGAUGGAUACCCCUCCGAUGCAGGAUAUGCUGGCAGUUCCUACAGACAGUACCCAAUUCGCCAUGCUGCUCUAGAGGUUCGACCCGUUGCGACGCACAAAUCCCGGGAUUCCGGUCACUCCACCAAGCGCACGGAGUAUACCAUUGAACCACAAACUCGACACAGAAGCAGAAGCAACACCGUGUCUGCUAUUGAUAUUCAGCAUAGUUCUCCUCGCUUGUCGGUGCCAUCAUACCAUCACUCUGCGCACUCCAUCCAUGGCCGUGAUCAUAGUCCCAUGAAACUUACUUCGGACCACAACGGGCCCGCUCACCAUGGGAGACAGCACCGCCGAUUCCUUAGUACCGACUAUGCUAGUGACACUGGUUAUCUGGAGCCCCGUGACUCCAGUAGACGCUCGUCGAGUCGCCACAGGUCACACCGUGAUCAUCCACCCAGCGGGCGGCGGCAAUACCCCCCUUACUAUGGGAUCAAACAUGGCGAUGAUAUUGAGAAAUACGAUGCUUAUUCCUACACAACUCCUCGGGAGCAAUUUGACCGUGACUACCCUGUCCAAUCGCGCCACCCUGCUGGCAGGCGCUCGCUGGAUCGGCCUCUAAGCAUGACCGGUAUGGAAGAUGACCAUCAUCAGUGGGUACCUCGCAGAGAGCGACCUCGCGGUCCUCCAACGUCUAGGGGAAUGGAUAAGCUAGAUCGGGAGGGACGAUCUCGCACUACUUAUGAUGAGGAUCAUCAUCGUGAUGUUUCCAAAUCCAGGGGCCAUGAUCGUUCGCUGGUCGCUGUGCCUCAUUUGUCUGAUGAUGACCACGAUUCUUUUAGCGACAGUCACCGACGUCGCCGGCAUCGUAGCUCUCACCAUGAGAGCGAUCGGCACAAUCGUGAUGACAGGUCCCCUCGCCAUCACAACGAAGACAAGGAAAAGGCACUGGUUGGGCUAGGAACAGCAGCCCUGGGCGGCGGUCAUGUAGACCUGUCUGAUUACGAAUACCACGGAUCUCAGGAACCCAGACGCCCACGGGAAACAGAGCGUGACUACAAGUACCCGCAGUCAACAUCUCGGGAACUAGUCCAAGAUGCGCCCAGCCCUGAGAGAAAGAAGCUCUACCUCGAGCCGGCUGAGCAUCAUGAGCGCCGCCGCAGUCGAUCUCGCAGACGUGCCCACCCCCGACGAAGCCAGGGAGAUGAAUCGGACUGGCCCUCAGAGGACGAGGAUCUUCGUAAAUACCAGCGAGAACCGUCUGCUGCUCCACGUCGGCAGCACAGCAGCGAGGACACCAGUGAAGACAACCGUCCAACCAGGGGGCAUCGCCGCCCUCGAGAACGUUCACACGUGCGGUCGCGCAGUCGAUCUCUCUCCGAUGAUAGCAAGGACGGAGGGAAGAAGGUGGUGGCCGUUGACCCACCAGUACAGAAAGAGCCCGAUGGUAUCAACAUGCCAAAGGGGAUCUUGAAGAAGCCCCGUCCGGCCUUUCCUGAAGAGCCAAAUCCAGUUCGAGAAGGUGUGGCUCCACUAUCAAAGGAUGCGGACAAGCAUGGAAUUCCACCUGGUGCUCGUUGGACCAAAAUCGAUCGACGACUGGUCAGCCCGUCGGCUUUGAAGCAUGAGAACAUCCGGUUUGAAGAAAGAGAUGACUAUGUCAUUGUAUUGAAAGUAUUGUCCAAGGAAGACAUUCAGAAUCUUGCAUUGGCGACUGAACUGAUUCGAGCUGCUCGCCAUAAAGAAAACGUUCGUGACAAACGCCAGCACCGAGCUGAGAACCAGCGUGAUGGUUACCACGGUGACUCGACUUCCAGCGAUGAUGAAGAUGAACAUAAUGAACCAUUGAAGCCUGAGGCCCCUCCGAAAAUAGAAGCAAAAAGUCAGCACCUGUCGCUGCCAGAGCGUCCCCGUGCAUCAAGCCAUUCCGUCCACUAG